AUGGAAUGUUUUCACGGUAAACCAGCUGCUUGUUCUACAACUGCUCGUGGUACGUUUUGGUUUUGUGGCGAAACACCGAGCUGCGAGUUCUUUUGCCAUGACGAAGACUGUUAUCUGUUUACGAGAGCAAUGGAAGCCUGUCAGAAUAGUGGUUCCAAUCAUCCCAUUUGCCCAACACAUCAGAGACUAGCCAAAUUACGUGUGGUAAAAGAUAAAAUGAAAGAAAAUUAUGGAAGACCCUUCUUCACGUGUUCUGAUCGACAUGAUCCUUGCAACUUUUGGCAAUGGGGAGACAUUUACGAAAGCCCUCGACCACGCUGCAAACACGGGAUGGUAUGCACCGUACGUAAAGUGAAAAAAGAAGGACCCACCCAGAACCGCCUGUUUUACUGUUGCCCUCAGAUAGACAGCUGUGGAUUUUUCGAAUGGAAAGAGAUCGAACCUCGUGUGGCCAAGACUGGCUUCGUCCUAUUCAGUGACCCGCUAGAAUAUCGAUACAAGAAUGAAGACACGGAGAAACAUUCACUAGUACUAACAUUAAUGCUAAGGAAGCGUAUGAAGAAUUCCUUAAGAAAUAUGAAUAACUGUAAUAAAACGAAAUAA